GGGUGUGGUUCUGUGAUAAACAAUACCUUGACAAGUCCUGGAUUUCCAAGACAAUACCCAAAUAACAUGCACUGUGUGUACAACGUUUCCAUUCCAUCCGGAAAGGCACUGAAAUUCAACUUUACAACUUUUAGCCUGGAGUUAGAAUCUAAGUGCCGGUAAGUAAAGUUAACGUGACUGAUGUCCAACAAUUGAAAAGCACUUAACUGUCGCGGCUUUGGUAAGACUAGACUAGGGACUUAACUUAAGGCGGUGCUUAUCACUUAAACUACGUAAAAUUAUUGCUGGUCAAAACAUACAGAUUAUGUUCGGCUAAUACGCUGCAAGUUCCUCGAUUUGUGAUAUUAGGCCUAGCAAUAAGGCAAAACCAGGCUUCCAAAAACGCUGGGCGGCAAGGUAAAUAUAUCCCUGGGAAAAACGCCGGCCAAUGAGAAUAGGCUUCUUAUUUCAUAAUGAAGAUAGACCUGGCUUUAGAAGCGGAUUAGUAUCUAUCAAACGCUUUGCAGUAUCAGGAAGAAUAUCUGAAACACGUUUAUUUUCGCAAAUAUUUACUUAUUAUAAUAAGAGAGAGUAUCUACAAAUAAGCGGUCUUGUCGAUAUGGCGUGAAAAAUAGUUUUCGCUCAUUUUAUUCUAUUUUAUUUUAUUUUUAUUUUAUUUAUUUUCUCCAUUUAUGUCAUAUUACAGGCCAUUUAUAAUAAAUUACAGAUUUGAGAUAUCAGAUUACAAGAAUAAAUGGAGAAGGGCAAGAUGUAGUGAAACUAAUUACAUGCCCUUUGAUUAAAUUAUAGUUUUAUUUUAAGAGAAGUACAAUUAAUUUUGAGACAAUUUUGGUUCACCCAUCCAACGCUCGCGUUGGCUCAAAUCAAGGCUGAAAGUUUACAAAACUUUGAUUAAUGUUGAAAUAACACAAAAAGCCAUCAUAUUUCCUUUGACAUAAACAGAGCGUUUUCUGCCAACAUUCAUCAAAAUUUAACCCCGUAGCAAGAUUUUAACGAUCCCCUUUCCGCACUGAUAGAUCAACACGGUGGAGCCAAAAACACCUUCCAAAUUGGAUCCCAAAUGUGCCAUUUGCUCUCGGAUAAAAAAUUGAAGUAGAGCAAUAUAGAAACCGUGAUAUUUUGUGAAAGAAUACUUCCGAAAAAAUUAACUUCUACGAUUUCUUUGAUUCUUUCUUGUCCUAAAAUAUUGCCUUAGCGGUGCAUUCAUUAGUCAUUGACCACUCUGACAGCUUUUACUUCAUCAGUAUGGCAUUUCUGUUGUUCCAGCGCAGACGGCUCUCUCUCGAAAUGUUCCUAUAGUUCUAGCGGCAGUGAGUGAUGGGCGGCUGCUGUAUCGCAGCCUAAAUAAAAUUCAAACUAUUAUUUACAAAUUCAAACUAUUAUUUACAAAAUCGAAUGGUCAUUGCUGGUGUUAUACUCGUAGAUACGGUCAAAAGGUGUAGAAACAUCUCAUUGGCUAAACAGAUCAGUCCGAUGAUAUGGUUUUCGAUCUGGAAAAUGCCAUAGCGUUUAUGAAAUCCAAAUUAUGAUUUCACGCCUCAGGGCUUUUAUGUGAGCUGAGAUGAGUAAAAUCCCUUUUACAGACCUUUGUCAUCUGUAAGUAGGUCGAAAGCAAGAGAACAUAAAAGCCUCUUGUUGAACGUUAAUUGGCAUUUGCAGACGGUGGCAAUUCGACUGCUCGGGAGUGACUCAAGAGCAACAUAAAAUAAAAGAAUUUGAUCGGCAGCUUGAUAUUUCACAGAAACGUUUGGAGCUUCCUUAACUCCACCAUAAAGCACGACUCGCAAUUAGUUGAGGCAGGAGAACAUAAAAGGCUUGUUCUCUUAUGUAUGUAUGUUCUCUUGGCGGUUAGGGUUAUUUCUAAGAAUUUAACUGCCCUUGAAAAGUGAAAAAACAUAUUUUUUCCCUUGUAGGUGGGAUUAUUUGAGGAUUGUAGAUGAUAACAACAGAACACUUGGUACAUAUUGUGGGAGCGAACUUAGUGGGAAGGUAGUUUUGGUAAAUGGAAACUACGCAUCAAUAACUUUCCACUCUGAUGGUUCUGUACAGUUCCCGGGAUUCCAGCUG